AGGAGAAUUGCCCAAAUCGACACGGAGGCGAUGUUUGAUGCACCAUUUGUGAAGUGGGUUGGAGUGAAGCAAAAGAACAUUGUUGGAAUUAAAAAGCUACUCAGCACAGUAUCACCCGUCCCAACAUCCGGGAAAAGUGCGAAAGUGUAUCGAUGCAACUCGUGUGGGUUCAUCAUGUUUGCGAUACCCAAAAAGGGGAAAGAAAGGAUGUUCUCUGGGAAUGGAAAGCCGUACGACAUUUUUGUUGUGGUGAACAAUGCCGGGAUUGAUCUAUUUUGA